CCCAUUCAUACAACUACUUCAUGUUCAUCUCACCACAAUUAUUUCAACGAGACAUAGAUUUGAGAUGCAGUCAACCAGUAGAAUGAGAAGGUGGCGCAUCAUUUAACGCCUACACAUAGACAUAAAGACAUGAGGGAGACAUAAUCAAACUGACAAGCACCCCCUCGAACCCACACACUUUGCACAGAGUAAAUUGACACAGCAUUUGGAGACUCCAGUGCACGAGUCUGUGGAGGAGAGCGCGCACUGACCGGAUUACAGGAGACAGUUAGAAGGUAGCAGAGGACAACAAAGGAUUAAAAAACAAAAGGGAAUAAAAACAAUAAAGAUAUGCAAAAAUGUGUGAUUAAUGUUAAUGGAAUAAGAGAGUGGAAACAGAACAGGAUAGAACUAUUGCCGAAAGGCAAGGCGUACAACAGAGACUCCUGGGGUUACACAUCCUUCCUUCCAAAGAGUGCGUGGACUAUUCAGAAUUGAGGUUACAAUUGGAUCAGAAGUGGAUCUAAACAACAAGCAAGCUGCACAACAAAAUAACGUGUUGUUUUUAAGUGGUCUUCACCGGUGGAUGCCGUCCAUGCACACAUUGACAGUUGCCAUGCCGAUACCAAAUCUUUCGCAGUAGACUACUUGCCAGGGCGGAGUCCAGCCUCCCACCCCACUUAUAGACCUACUGACCACCUGAUGAUCACUGGUGCCAUGGGAACAGCACGGGGCAACAGGUACAGCUUCGCAGCACCAGAUGAGGAGGGCCUGAAAAUCUCCACACUUGGGCUCCACAACGGCCACAGCUCGCCAAAUAGCCGGUUCCUCUCCCCUAGUGGCACAUCCGGAGGAGAUAGGAUAUCAGGAGCCACAGGUCAUAGGAUGAACAAUUACAACGGAAAGAUCUCUACCACAGGAACGAGCCAACUAAGAAGUCGCUUCGUCAAGAAAAAUGGGCAUUGCAACGUGGUAUUCUCUAACAUGGAGGAGAAAUCCCAACGUUACCUGGCCGACAUCUUUACCACCUGCGUGGACAUUCGCUGGAGAUACUUACUACUCCUCUUCUGCUCGACCUUCCUGUCCUCCUGGAUGUUUUUUGGAAUAAUCUUCUAUUCAGUUUCCAGAGCCCAUGGGGAUUUUGAUGAGCACCCUGGAAUGAGUUCCUCUUCAGGGUUGGAAGGGAAUGGGCUUGGGGUUGGUGAAGUUGAAGGGGUGCAGAAAAAGUGGCAGCCAUGCCUCCUUCAUGUGGAGGGCUUGGUCGGAGCCUUCCUAUUCUCCGUCGAGACCCAGACCACCAUUGGUUAUGGGUGGCGCUGUGUCACUGAGGAGUGCCCUGUGGCAGUGAUCACAGUGGUGGUCCAGUCCAUAGUGGGCUGCAUCAUUGACUCCUUCAUGCUUGGCACAAUCAUGGUCAAAAUGGCACGCCCUAAGAAGAGGAACCAGACCCUGCUGUUCUCGAAGAACGCCGUGAUUUCCCAGCGCGAUGGCAAGCUGUGCCUCAUGUGGCGGGUGGGUAACCUGCGCAGGAGCCACAUCGUGGAGGCCCAUGUGCGGGCACAGCUCAUUCGACCCUACGUCACGGCAGAGGGAGAGUUCAUCCCUCUAGAGCAGAGGGAUCUCAACGUAGGCUACGACGAAGGCAUUGACCGACUCUUCCUGGUUUCUCCUCUGGUUAUCGUCCAUGAGAUCGACGAGGACAGCCCCCUGUAUACCGUGAGCCGGGCUGAUCUGGAGUCUGAUGACUUUGAGAUCGUAGUGAUCUUGGAGGGCAUGGUGGAGGCCACCGCCAUGACCACCCAGGCCCGCAGCUCCUAUCUGGCCAAGGAGAUCCUAUGGGGGCACAGGUUUGAGCCUGUGAUCUUUGAGGACCGAACCAAGUAUCAGGUGGACUAUGCUCGCUUCCACAAGACCUACGAGGUGCCCUCCACACCCCACUGCAGCGCCAAGGAGCUCAGUGAGACGGCCAGCCGGCCUGCCUCAUCUGCCUCCUCCCACUCAGUAUUCCCAACCAGCCCCAGAAUCACCCAGCACCUCGCAACCCCCCACUCCCCCAGCGCCUUCUGCUAUGAGAAUGAGGUAGCGCUGAGCUGUGGAGAGGACGAGGAUGAACUGGAUAGGCAAAAGGGAAAAGACAGGGAGGAGGAAAGGAGGAAUUCAGUUUCUGUAGACUUUCAUCAUUUGUUUCAGGACACAGCCACAAUGACAUCUGGGAGCAACGUGCUGUGCGUUUUGGACAUGGACAACCAGAUGGAUUUUGACAUUCUACAGACUACCAUUACUCGUGAUCCACUGACAUAUAAAAGUGAGUCAGGAAUCUGAGGCAAAGGGAUGGCACCCUCAGACCCUUCCCAAACCCUCCAUUCAUAUAUACCUACCUGUAGGUCUUGAAAAGAGGUCUUCCUUCUGUAUUUUGCACGUUUUGCUCUGGAUUUAGUACUAGAUCUACACCCCUUUCGCCUUGCCAGCAUUAUUUUGUACUUUAACCUGAGCCCAUGUUUUUGUUUGUGGAGAGAACCAAAUGGGAGGCUGAAGUAUUGGUUCUACUCUGCACACCUCACCCAUACGUGUACCUCAGGGCUGUGGGACAGUCACCUAGAGAGGUAAUUACAUAUGAGAUUGUAUGAACGAGUGACUUUUUUAAUGAGGUAAUAGGAAAGGAACACCAAGAGAUGUACAGUUCCAGUAGAGAGCUGAGGAUGAGACAAAUAUUGACUUGUUGAGACGUGUGUAAUGAAGGAUAAACAGACAUUUGACCAAAGGAGGACUUCUGCUUCAGAAAGUGUCUCAGAAGGAAAUGUGCAGGGAAGACACGCAGAAUAUUUGAGUGACAUUCAAGUAGGUAGGUAUGAUGUUUAUCUACACAGUCUUAUUACAGAGUUUGUUUCAUUUGGACAUGAUACAUGAUAUUUUGAUGUGUAAUCAACCUCCAGUGUUCUGUAAAGAUGACUGGUGAUAUGACAUGUAAUAUGAAUCAUACUUGGGUUCAAAUACUAUAUCAACUCUCAGUUCAGGUGUGGAAUAUAACAGACAGGAUAGUUUGCUGCUUUCUACUAUUUGCACUAUUUUUCUUCAGUCAAGUUUUCCUCUGAGCCUCUUUUCUCCCUAAUUUACUACUGUACACACAUUGUUUUCAUAGUGUCUUUAGCAUAGAUCAAUGAAUCAUUUAUCGGUUGUUACUGUGCGUAAUCACAACAAUACAAUGACCAACACAAUCAUUGAAUAAUCAUAGGUAAGGGACUUAUUGUCUAAAAUCCAGUUCUUCAUUUGCUGGAGAAAAGAACUAGGUGUUUUCAUUCUCCAGAAUUAGGUCGUUUUUUUCUCUCACAUUUUUAUUAAAGGCCUGUUUUUGUGUUGCAAAAGGAGCAUGAAUGUAACAUAAUGGAAAGUCCCUCUCUUCAGUGUAUAUCAGUAGAGGACUUAUCAUAAGUUACUUAUCUGGUCUCUCAUGUCCCCUUUAUGACAUGUCCCUCUCCCGAUAGAUACCUUUGGGGGAAUCAUCUGAAAGCAGUUCUCUUUAGAACGUGAGAUCUCAUUAAGGUUGAUUCUAGAGAGACUGAAUAUAGAAACAUCUUUGUGUAUUCCAAAGUGUCUAUAUUUCAUCUCUUUCCCACUAAGUCAAAUGUAAACAAUAUUGUCUUGUUUGUUGGCAUAUGGUUUGUGUAUGAAAUUACUCAAAUAGUUUUUCUGACCCUUCUCAUGCACCGUAGCUCCGAUUGUGUGUAGUUGUCUGAAAGAUGUACAUGUACCUUGUCUGUUUCCUGCACUACACUGCACCUGUUUUUCUCUUCAUCUAUAUCCAACAAAAUCUGGUUCUUGAGUAACUUUUGCCAUUUUUACAUCUGCAAAAUUGUUUGUGAAGAUUAUAUAAACUUGAAUGUGUGUGUGUGAGAGAGAGAGAGAGAGAGAGAGAGAGAGAGAGAGAGAGAGAGAGAGAGAGAGAGAG